AUGACUCUUGCUUCAAUCUCCCAUGAUACCCAAAGUCGUCAUUCUCUCGUAGCUUAUUCCUCUCAAUCAGAGCGGGAUUCCAGCCUGACCUUCAUCGCUAGGGAUGGCGUAUCUGGCGCUUCUGCAGUGGUUCAGCUCAUAGCAACUGCCUACGAUAUCAGCAAGUUCGUACAGCAAAACAUGGCAGAAGUCCAGGCCUUCGUUCAUCAACAGACUUCUUGUGCACUUUUACCCAAUUCGCAGCGCAUCAGCAGCGCAAUGAAAGUCUGCGAAAGCAGAUUUGGAGUGCUUGCAAAGUUAGUGGACGUGUUCACAAUCUCCUUGAACUACCAAAGCCUCAUGCAAAGGAGAUUGGCGGCCAUGAAACUUUUGACGGAGAAGGAUCAGAUUCGGAAAUUCCAGAUUCAGCUCAGAGAGUCUACGUGGGAUUUGCUGACCGCUCCCAUGAUCAAUUCAAACAAUCUUGAGUAA